CUUUCGCUUUUGUUUCUCAGGAAAUGAAAGGAGCGACGUCGCAGAGAGGAGGCCGUCCUCCCGCUGCCGUGUGAGCCGAACCGGGCUCUCUCCGCCCCACUCGGGACUUUCCAGCGCAAAGGGAACCAUGGCCAAUAAAUCCGAUCUUCCUCUUCAUGGGUCUUCGCUCAACAUUGUGAGGCGAUGUGGCCCCCCUCUGAGUGAAAUCCUUAGGAGCAAGUUUGGAUGCGUGGCCACCAUCCACGGUGUGGAUUUUUCACAUCAGAAGACGUCAACUGUCAACGACGAGAAAAGGUUCGCUGCUACCCUGCCCGGAGGCGUCCAGGUUUCGGUGUGGAAGGCUGAUCUUGCCAAUUUCGCGGUGGAUGCUGUCGUGAAUGCAGCUAAUGAACAGCUGGAUCAUUGUGGCGGGCUGGCUCUAGCUCUGUCCAAAGCCGGGGGUCCAACAAUCCAGAGCGAGAGUCAUAAUCACGUUCGUAAUAACGGUCCCGUGAAAACAGGUGAAGCAAUUGCCCUAGAUGCUGGGGCCCUACCAUGCAACAAGAUCAUUCAUGCAGUGGGCCCAUGGAUGCCGAAAAAUCCCUCCACCUCUCAGCUUUUGGAGGCCAGGCGUAGUUUGGAAAAGGUCGUUUUCAGCAUUCUUUACCUUGUUGAGCAGAACCGCUUGCAGUCCGUUGCCAUUCCUGCCAUUAGCUCUGGUAUAUUCAACUAUCCCCUGGCAGAUUGUGCAAACACCAUAGUGACGAGUGUUAAACGCUACUGUGAAAACCCUCGCUCUACUGCACAUCUCCCCAAAGAGAUCCUCUUGGUGAACAUCGACCACCCCACGGUGGAUGAAAUGGAGCGGGCCUGCCGUCGAGUAUUCGGCAAUAGCCCGAGCGGAGGCAAAGCCACCACCUCAGCACCUGUUGUCCAUCUUAAAAAUGUCAUACUGACGCUGAAGAGGGGUCCGAUUGAGCAACAGCAGACAGAUGUCCUUGUAAACACCACAUCAAGCCACCGAGACUUGAGCGAAGGUCUAAUCUCCAGCGCUUUGUUGAAGGAAGCCGGCUAUAAACUGCAGGAUGAAUUUCGGUCUGCUUCACAUAAAGGACUUGUCAUCCCAACGAAAGGCUACAACCUGCGAUGUAAGCAGGUGUUUCAUACCAUCUGCCCUCGGAAGGAUGAAAAAUCAGCACAGCAGAUUCUUUACAAAUCAGUUUUGGAUUGCUUGGGGAUGGCAGCCACAAAAAAGCACAAGUCAAUCUCCUUUCCUGCCAUCGGCACUGGAUAUCUCGGGUUCGACAGAAAGGACUCGGCUCGGAUCAUGUACUCGGCAGUGGCAGAGUUCGCCCGUAAUUUUAAAGGAAAGAUGGAAGUUUAUUUCGUCAUAUUUCCUUCGGACGACAAUACAUAUAAGGCUUUUGAGGAGGAAAUGGCACCUCCCGAACAGAAGGCAUCUUAUCCCAGCUCUACACAAGCAGCGGACUCGUCUUCACCAGCAGCUGAGCGCGAGGAUGGUUUCCGCGGCAACAACGAGCGCGGCCCACAGAUCAGCCUGCACGGCCCUUCGAGUGAAGUGACGGCCGAGGCCGGGCGGUGGCUCUCGGGCCUCCUCAACAGAUUCUCUGGCCCCGUCGUCAUCCGCAAUAACUUCAUCCAGCACUUCGGCGAGUCGGAGCAUCAGCAGCUGUGCAGGCUCACCGGCGUCGCCAUCGACGAGGCCAUCGAGAAGGGCCGCGCACUCCUGAGUGUGAGCGGGCGCUCGGUCGAGGACGUUGUGGUUGCUGUGUUGCAGGUGGAGGGCAUGCUCUGCAAAGUUCAGAGGGAGUUCGCCAUGGAGGAGAAAAGGGGCUUCAUGCGCGAUGCCGGGAUGACGAAGAUGCCCUUCUCUGAAUUGAAGGUGGUCGACAGUGCAAGCCCAGAGUUCAAGGAGAGAGAUGUUUUCUACAGAUAUCACAACCUGCGCUUGUGCAAGAUGCAAAAAGUGGAGAACCCUACACUGGAGACUCUCUACGACCUCAAGAGAGAGCAGCUUCGCUGCACAACUCCCCGACAAAUGCUCCAACGCAUACCUGCACACUUCUGUGAGAUGGUCAGCCACGUGGGAUUCCACGCCGAGUUUGCGCCGCCCAAGGACCCAGCUUACGGAGCGGGCAUCUACUUUGCUGGCACUGUGAAGAAGGCCUUGGAAGUGUGGAAAUGUGCGAAGGAGGAAAAUGAGGAGUAUGUGUACUUCGUGGAGGCCGAGGUGCUGACAGGAAACUCCACCCGUGGUACAGAAGGUCUCAUUCUGCCGCCGGCUCUGGGGACGGAUCCCAACGUCCGCUACGACAGUGUGAGCGGAGGACCCGACGUCUCCGUCAUAUUUAGUGGUUACCAAGCUCGACCCAAGUACAUUAUCACCUGUAGGAUGGGAUUCCCUUACAAGAACACAGAUUGACUCAUGUAUUAGAAAACAAAGUGACCUUACUUUUGAAAUCAUAAUGGCAGUGCAGACAGUAAGUAAAAUAGCUUAUAUUCAGUUAAUGAAAGACAAGUCAUUGCUUUGAGUUUCCUAUUUUUUCAUUCCAAUUUCUUUUUGUACUUCAUAUUGUAAAUCACCAUAUAGCAACAAUAUCAUAGUUUUAACGAUGUAUAUGCAAAUAUUAUUAGAGCAACAUAUUUUACCAGUGAUUGUACUGUUUAUAUCACUUCAUAAAACAAUGAAUGUGUGCUGAUCUAAUUUUGAUGCCCCUGGGUGAAGCAGGUUAAGAGUCUGAUGCUAAAAUUAAAAUUAAACAAUGUAAAAAAAUAAAGAUUCAUUGUAUAAUUUUUCUGGAA